AUGGCCACCGAAGAGUCGGUUCUCAAUUCCUUUUUAUUCAACAGCGAACUCGCAGACAACCUGACCCUCAAGCAGUUCACUAACCUUUUUCCCGCAACUUACAGAAACAAUCCUCUUGUCAAGACCUUAUAUCGAGAAUUUCAAUUGGAACGUAAUAGAAUUAGAGAAACCAUAAGGGAAAAUAUCGUUGAGGAAUGUAAAAAGCCCGAACAUUUGGAAAACCUUGAUAGUGCCCAAGUUGACGAUAAUCGACUAACAUUGGAGCAAGCUAUUGAUGCUUUAACCGUGGCCGAGAAGAAGAUGUCACGUAAAAUCAUCGUGUUCAAUGAGCAUUGUAAAAGAUCGUUUGAAAAGAUAAAAAGUGCCAAUGAUGAAUUGAGUGAUCUGGAAUAUGGUAGAAUUCCAAAAGGAGGUUUCGGUAAAGAAGGUGCCAUGGUGGAACUGCAGUCAUUAAUUAAGUCGUGUCAAGAUAUGAUGAUUUCUUCAGAAAAUCAAUAA